GGGGACAGUGAGAGCAGUCCGGAAACAGUGCGCUGUGAGCGGACCCACAAACCUCCAGCAGGACGGAGCAGCCUCCAGGUUCCUCCCGGAGCUCCACUCUCCAGCCCCGCGGAGCUGAGAUGGAUUGACCGGAGCGGGGACACCCUGAAGCCCGCGGCUGCUGCAGCCUCCUCCGGCCACGUGGCCUCAUGGCGUCCCGGCUGCUGGAUCGUCUGAAACGCUCGCUGUUUAAAGACGUCCACUGGGCGGAACAGGAAGCAGCAGACACACAGGAAGUGGAGGCGUUUGAUGAGGACCGGUUGGAGGCGGAGCUGGCGGAGGAGGAGGAGUGUGUGACCGAUCGCCUCGGGGGGACUCUGUCCUUCGACAGCGCCGGAGGAGGAGGAGGAGUGGAGGAGAGCGGCGAUGGCGAGGGGCAUGACAGUGACUCCGACUUCCUGGGAGAGUCGAUGGAGGAGGGGCUCAGCAGCACAGACGCCAGUCCGAUCGGCCCCUCCCCCUCCGCCCUGCUGACACGGCAGCUUCAGGAGAGCUGGAGGAACAUGUGCCGACUCGAUGGAGGAAGCCCCGCCCCCUCGGGGAGACGGCUGACGGACGACCUGUUGUUUGAGGUCACGGACGCCAGUGUGAUGCAGGACGGCUCCUCAAAGUACGUGCUGUACACCAUCCACGUGAUCCAGACCGGGGGCAGCGAUAAGACGCCCGCUGUGAUCACCCGCCGCUACUCCGAUUUCCAGCGCCUUCAUGCCACGCUGCGGCGUUUUCACUCAGACCUGAUGGAUCGUGUGUGUUUUCCACGUAAGAAGCUGCGGAGGAACUUCGUGGCGGAGACGAUCGCCAGGCGCAGCCGGGCCUUCGAACAGUAUCUGUCUCACCUGUGUUCCCUGCCCACCCUGCGGGGGGCGCUGUGUGUGCGACAGUUCUUCUACCUGAGCGACCUGCAGACUGGGCAGCUGCUCAUCAGGGAGGGACGUUUCCAGGAGGCGCUGGGUCCGCUGCUCAACGCCAAGAGGCUGCAACAGAAACUGGGCUGGGCCAAUGACUACGACCUCCAGGCUCAGGCCCCGCCCCCGGCCCCCUCCCAUUGGCUCUUCACUCUGGUGGGGCUGUCGUGCUGUUUCCAAGAAGUGGACCAGCUGGAGGAGGCGGGGGAUCACUGUGACCACGCCCUCCGUGUCCUGACGCCCGCCGACACUCAAACUGACGAGCAGGACAAGCCCCUCCCACAGACUGCUGCACCCCGCCCACACAUUGACAGGCCACACCCCCUCCUGUUGCCGUUGCUAGGGGCGGUCGUUCGGCUUCUGUGGCAGACGGGGAGGGACAAACGACAGUGGGAGGAGCUUCUGCAGCAGCUGGAGGAGCAAGGGGCGGGGCUAGACAAUCAGCCAACCAUGAUCGAGUUUCUGGUAAAACACGACCUGCAAGAGAGUGAGGGGGGGGGGGGCAUGACGACGCACAUCGCAGUACAAUCACGACAAUACAUAUAAAAAAAUGAUCCAGAAUAAAAUAAGAUACAGAAGAAAGUUAGAGGAAGAAGAAUCCUAAGUGCGAAAUAAAAAAUGCAUUUCAAGAAUCUUAUCAAAGCCUAAUAUGAAAAUUAGGUUCUAAAUAAAUCAAAGCAAAUUGAAAGAUUUAAGGAAUUUUUCGAUACAACUUCGCAUUGACAAGAAAAAUGUGGAAAUAAAUGAUAUUAAUAUUUCAACAAACUAUUUUAUUAUAAAUUAUCAUGAUUAUAAUUUUAAAAAGUUCAAUGGACAACAAGAAAAUUUUAUUUAAAAAAAAAGUUGUAAUAUGUCGACAAACAACUGUUGGACUUGUUUGUGAUAUUUUAGUUAAAAAUAUAUAAUUCCAACAUUUUUUAUUAAAAUAAUUGAAUUUAAAAAUGAAUUAAAAACUGUGACGCCUCAGAUCAGGAUGUGAGAGAAGCUUCCAGGACUUCACGAUAAAACUUAUAAUAAUUAUGAGUAAUAAUAAAAACACUAAACACCACUUAGUUGUGAUGAGCAACAAAAAUCCUUAAAGGGAAAAACAUUUUCUUCAAAAAGAAAAUGUAGAAACACGUUUUUAGUUCAACAUGAGAUGUUGAAACGCUGCUUCUUAGUUUGAGAUGAACCUUUAUUUUAGGACAAAGUGACGUUUGGUCUUUUUAUAACGACACUAAACACUCGUCGGUUUCUCUCUCGUAACAAACACGUUUUUUACUUUGAGAAGAAAUGAAAUCGUUUUUCACUACGAUGACGACACUAAAGGGAAAAUGGUUCGAAACAUUUGUUCUGCCCGUUAAACGUUGACUGAUAUUUAACAGAAUCAACCAAUCAGAACAUCUGUUGUUACGUUGAAAGAACAUUUUAUAUUUCCUGCAUCUUCUGAAGAAUAUGGCCGGAGCUGUGGUUGUAUCAUAACUCUACGAAGUUCUAAAAUACUUCAAUAUGAAACAUUGUUUUUUCACUUACAUGUCAUUUAGACUCUUUUACUGCACUUUGUAUUUUACAUCAUGACUCAGCAUCUUUAGCUGUUUUCACCUGUCGGGCCUCAUUUUAAUGAUUUUAAAAGUGUUUCCUGUUUGUAAAGUUGAACCAUCAGUGAGGCAUUAAAUCAUCGAAUAAUCUUCAUCAGUACGAAGCACUGACUCCUCCUCCUCCUCCUCCUCCUCCUGUUUUCUGAGCUGUGUGUUUAUGUGCAUCCAGUUGCAUAAGGGACCGAAACACGAGGAGACACCGAGGAGGUGGAACUUUUUAAGAUGAACGGAUCACAUGGGGAAUAUGAGUCUGACCAGUACUUUAAAUAUAUAUCUAAAGUUUAAAGAUGAUGCACAUGUACAGAUUAAUGCACACAUACUGGUGAUAAACUGAUGAGAGCUGCUUCCAUCACAUCCACAGAUUUAAUAACACGCUGGACUUUUUACUCUUCAGCUCAGACAAUGAAAAACGCUGGAAAACUAGAAGUCGAUUCUUGUUUCUCUGUUUUCAUCUUCACAGACGAUGAGAAAACGUUUGUUUGAUUUGAUUGAGACUCGGUCGGGUUUUUAAAAUGUAUUUUGGAGAAACUGUAGAUACAGUAACUCUGAAUUGAGCAGUUCUUUCUGUUUUUAUUUGAAUUCAAGGUUUUAGUGAUUUGUUUUUGAAGUGAUUUCACUUCCUCGUGUUCGGAACGCAGCCUCCUCCCUCCUGUGGAAUAUUUUAGAAUGUGGAUUUAUCUUUAAAGAGCCAAGUAUAGUUCCAAGUAUAUUUUAUUGAAUAAAUUUGUUACAAAAUCUCA